GGUUGGGAAGGGACAAAUGUCAAAGUUGGGGUUCCUAUAGGGAGGGAAUCUUUGUGCUUAUGGGGUUUCCUUGGUUGGGGACUCUCUUGGGACCUUCCCUCUCAUCCCUCUCUUCCUAUCCCAACCUUUCUCUUGCUCCUUCUAAUUCCUUGUGAGAUUCUUGAACUUUCAUUGAACUCUUGAGAUUGAGUUAAUGCGGCAUGGGCUAAGGCUUCACCAAGGAGUGGAGAGGCCGAUUGGGAGACAUGGCAUGAGAGGCUGUGUCAUGUGAACUUCCCUAUGCUGCAGAAGUUGGUGAAGGAUGGGAGCCUGAAGGGCUUGGAGGUGAAAGGGGAAGUGAAGGAGAUUGGGAGCUGCCCUACAUGCUUGGAGACCAAGUUCUCCAAGUUCCCCUUCAACAGCACUACAGGACCAGCCAAGACCCCACUUGCACUUGAGAAAAGGGGGAAGUUGGAGGCUUCUGGAAGAUGGGGUGUGCACUUGGGGAUUGCAAAGGAUCACAAGGGGUGGCUGCUAUGGGACUUGACCACCCAGAAGUUGACAGUGUCAAGGGAUGUGAAGUUUCUUGAGUCCCUGUACUACAAGGAAUGGAAGCAGCAGCAACAGAAGCUUCCAUCUACACCGCUCAUUGUGGAGGCGGAUGAGGUGCAGCGGCCUUCAAGACAGGUAGAGGUUGCAGUGUCAGAGGAGGAGAUGUCUGGGGUGACUGAGGAAGGGGGAGCAGCUGAAGUAGAGCAGCAGCAGCAGCAGCAUGAGUCUCCACCUCGACAGACAAAGGGGAAGGACUAUGAUGAGGUGUUUGCUCCUGUGGGGAAAGGAACAACACUGAGGGUGCUGUUGGCGAUAGCUGCACUCCUGGGAUGGAAGAUUCGGCAUAUGGAUAUUGUGACUGCCUUUCUGAAUGGGAUCAUUAUGGAGGAGGUGUACAUGAAGCUUGCUGGGAUGAGUGUGCAUUGAGUAUGCAUGCUUGAGAUGUGGUAUGGUCGAUGAUGGUUGGCAGCCAGAGGGGGAGAUUGUUGUGUGAUGUCAUCAUAUGCUAUCACAUUCUGUCUGCCUCCCAUCCCAUGUUUUUUCAACUUGCAUGGAGGGAAUCUUUGUGCUUAUGGGGUUUCCUUGGUUGGGGACUCUCUUGGGACCUUCCCUCUCAUCCCUCUCUUCCUAUCCCAACCUUUCUCUUGCUCCUUCUAAUUCCUUGUGAGAUUCUUGAACUUUCAUUGAACUCUUGAGAUUGAGUUAAGUUCUCCUCCUACAG